AGUAUUUUGAACUUCCGUUGUCUGUUGCCAUGGUAAAGUAAACAAGAUGGAGGAAAGCAGCAGCUCGGACUGUCUUGGUGAAAUCGUGAAAAACUUUAGCACUUAUGAGGACUACUUAGAUUCUCAGAUAAGACCAAUAGAUCUAUUUUACCUCGAGGAUCGGAACAUGGCCCGCCAGCUGCUGGAGCUGGGCAGUUUGGGGAACAGUUUUAAAAGGGAGGAAUUUGAGACAAUGAAAGCUGCCGAGGCCCCCAGGCUUGCUUCGAGGAACCAACAGAAGAAGCUGGCAAGUGCAGGAAAGGAACUCAAAGAUAACUUCCUGAGAGCCCUGGCAGAACGGGAGGAGGCCAACCGCAGUGGGGAAAUGGCUUCCAUCAUUUUCAUAAGCUGCAACAAUUCUCGUGGACAGGAAAUAUCUGGCUACAUAGACUACUCCCACCGGCUAAAAACCGAAGACUUUGAACCAUAUUUCAGUGGAAAGAAAAGGCUUAUGCCCAGACCAACUGACUUAAGCUACUACAACUGGGUAGCAGAGCCUAAAUGCAACGACAGCUUAAACUAUGAAGUGCUCACAGAGAAUAUAAACGGUAUGCUCUUCCGGAACAAAAAAGACAGCAAAAUCUUGGAUGUUGACCCAGAGGCAUCACCUGGUCACGGCUAUGUCCAAACUCCUGUUCAGUCUGACCUAUAUGUGCAAGUUGUCAUUUAUGACCACAUCUUCUCAAAAGCCGGUUCCAGUUCCAGCGCACCACUCUACAAUUAAAAUUGUAUUAAAAAGCCCUUGUAGCCUUUAAUUUCAUCUACAUAAAAGUUGUUUUAGUCUUACAUCCAUAUGCCUUCAUAUUGUGCACAACAUCUGGAUAUGUACUGUAGAUUGGCAGAGCCACUUGUUUUUGAAUAUUUAGUUCUGUAUUCACAAUGUGUUGUGUAUAUUAAAUAUAAAGUUAUUCACCAAA